AUGAAGAAGUUUCGGAAGGUGUUGGACGGCUUGACUACCUCCUCUCCGGGAGGGACUAUCGGAUCCCCAUCGUGCGGCAGCGCGGCCGGGACUCCCACCGCGGCGCCAACUCCUAAGGAGAUCGACAUCCAGGAGACGCUGGUGUCGGAAAACUUUCAGCUGUGUAAGACGGUGCGUCAUGGUUUCCCCUACCAGCCCACUGCUUUGGCCUUUGACCCUGUGCAGAAGCUCCUGGCCAUUGGCUCCAGAUCAGGCGGUGUACGGAUACUGGGACGACCUGGGGUGGACUGCUACUGUCAGCAUGAGAGCGGCGCAGCUGUCCUUCAACUGCAGUUCCUAAUCAAUGAGGGGGCGCUGGUUACAGCCUGUGCAGAUGACACGUUACAUUUAUGGAAUCUCCGUCAGAGGCGACCAGCUGUCCUGCAUUCGCUCAAAUUCAACAGAGAGAGGAUCACGUUUUGCCACCUUCCCUUUCAGAGUAAAUGGCUUUACGUGGGGACAGAGCGUGGAAACACACACAUCGUCAACAUCGAGUCCUUCAUUUUGUCCGGAUACGUCAUCAUGUGGAACAAGGCCAUUGAACUAUCAACUAAAACUCAUCCAGGACCCGUGGUUCAUUUGAGUGACAGCCCAAAGGAUGAAGGCAAACUGCUUAUAGGGUUUGAGAGCGGGACUAUUGUACAGUGGGACCUCCGGGGCAAGAAGGCCGACUUCAGAAUCUACUAUGAUGAGGCCAUCCACUCAGUCGGCUGGCAUCAUGAAGGGAAGCAGUUCAUGUGCAGUCACUCAGACGGCAGCCUGACGAUGUGGAACCUCAGAAACACCACCAAGCCAUUCCAGGUCACCUUCCCUCAUGGAAAGAUACAGAAGGAUGGGAGAAAGGAGUCAUGUAAACCCAUACUCAAAGUGGAGUACAAGACCUCGAGGAACAGCGAGCCUUUCAUUAUCUUCUCUGGGGGUCUGUCAUAUGACAAGGCAGGACGGCGGCCAGCUUUAACCAUCAUGCACGGCAAGGCCAUCACUGUGCUGGAGAUGGACUAUCCUAUUGUAGAAUUUAUGGCACUCUGCGAGACCCCGUACAAUAACGAGGUCCAGGAGCCUUACGCAGUGGUGGUGCUUUUGGAGAAGGACUUAAUUGUGGUGGAUCUGACACAGAGCAACUUCCCUGUCUUUGAGAACCCGUACCCCAUGGACGUCCAUGAGUCUCCAGUUACCUGCACAGCCUAUUUUGCAGAGUGUCCGCCGGACAUUAUCCCCAUCCUCUACUCUAUAGGAGCUAAACACAAGAAGACCGGCUAUAGCCAAAAGGAGUGGCCAAUCAGUGGAGGAACAUGGACACUAGGCUCCCACACCUACCCAGAGAUUAUCAUCACAGGACAUGCUGACGGAUCAAUUAAGUUUUGGGACGCAUCCGCAAUCACACUACAGAUGUUGUACAAGCUGAAGACCUCCAAAGUGUUUGAGAAGCCAAAGCCAGGUGAAGGCCGGGCGGCAGAGUUGGUGGAGGAAGACCCUUUUGCCAUUCAGAUGGUCAGCUGGUGCCCCCAGAGUCGCAUCUUCUGUGUGGUUGGCAUCUCAGCCCACAUCAUCCUAUAUCGCUUCAGCAAAUAUGAUGCGAACACUCAGAUAGUGUCACUAGAAGUGCGCUUGCAGUGUGAGUCAGAAGAUGUCAUCUCUCCAUCGGACAAUGAAAACAAUCCCUGUUUCUCAGAGCCUGGCUCCCAUUCACCCCAACCCCACCACCAACAGCCAGCUAGCCCUGGCAGUGGGACACCUGAGGGUAUCAAAGACAGCAUCCCCUGCCUAAAAGUAAAGGACCGGAUGGUUCGAGUUCCUCCUGGCUACCAGGCAGAGCUGGUCAUCCAGCUGCUGUGGGUAGAUGGAGAACCUCCACAACAAAUCACCAGCCUGGACAUCAACUCUGCCUAUGGCCUUUUGGCGUUUGGGAACUGUAAUGGCCUAGCGGUGGUGGACUACUUGCAGAAAACCAUCCUGUUGUGUAUGUCGACACUGGAUUUGUAUGGAGCAGCCGACCCCUACCAGCGCCUUACCCGCUCCCCCCGCAGGAACAGACAGUCCACCUCAGGUAAGUUUUGCAUGCGUGGCCUGUCUAACUUUUAUUCAGAUUCAAAGAAAAGGAUCCGUACAUCCUAUCAGAGCCUCACUGAACUCUCUGACAACCAGCAGUCCAUUGACAUGGAGAGAAGCAAGUCACCCACCUCAGAUCAUGUCAAUGGACAUUGCACUAGCCCCACCUCCCAGCCGUGCUCGGCGGGGAAGCCUCGCGUCCCGAUGGGUCCCGAGGGGCCACGGCUUACCCGCAGAGGCCCUGGCCGACCGCCCUUCCGCAAGGCCCAGUCUGCUGCUUGCAUGGAGAUCUCUUUGCCUGUGUCCCACACUGAAGAGAGUCGUGAAAACUCCUUCAGCCGUUCUCGCAGCUCCAGUGUGUCCAGCAUUGACCGGGACACCAAAGAGGCUAUCACUACACUGCAGCUGGGAGAGUCCUAUGGGCGCAAGAGUGACGCCGUGCCCACCCCGUGUCUGUGGGUGGGCACCAGCUUAGGCGUGGUCUUGCUCAUCCCAAUGUCCAUUCCCACCGACCAGGAGGAGAGGAUGGAGGAACCUGUGACCAUUGGCCCCAGUGGAGCUAUUCUGAUGCUGAAGGGCUCAGUGUUGCGCUUUGGCUUCUUGGACUGCAUGGGAGCGCUCAUUCAGAGCCCCUACGAGGUUUGGCGAGACCUCAACGCUCCCGAAGACCCUGACAGACCGCGGAAGCGCAAGCUGGUCCACUUCUCGCCAUCAUCCUCUCAGGACACCUGCGGAGAGGGGCAUCUGGCUGUGGUGUGCUCUGAGAGGCAGGCCAAAGUAUUCUUGAUGCCGUCGCAGUCUUGCCUCUUCGUCCACAACAUCACAGAGUCAUCCUUUGUGCUGCGAGCCGACGUGGUAUCUGUGUGUAACAGUGUGUGCCUGGCCUGCUUCUGUGCUAACGGACACGUCAUGACACUCAGUUUGCCCAGUCUAAGACCACUGAUGGAUAUCAAUUACCUGCCUCUGACAGACAUGCGCAUUGCAAGAACCUUUUGCUUCACCAACGGGGGGCAGGCUCUAUAUCUCAGCUCCCCGACAGAGAUCCAGAGAAUUACGUACAGCCAGGAGAUGUGUGACAACCUGCAGGAGAUGCUGGGAGAGCUGUUUACACCAAUAGAAACACCAGAAGCCCAGAACAGAGGCUUUCUAAAGGGCUUCUUUGGAGGAAAUGCCAAUACUUUCGACAGAGAGGAGCUCUUUGGUGAGGCAGCAGCUGGUAAGGCUUCUCGGAGUCUGGCCCAGCACAUCCCCGGGCAGGCGGGGCUGGAGGGCAUGAAGGUGGCGGCUAGCGGAGCGGUGGGUGAGCUGGUGCGGGCUCGCAUUGCUUUGGAUGAGAGAGGCCAAAGGCUGGGGGAGCUGGAGGAACGCACCGCCCUCAUGAUGACCAGUGCAGAAACCUUCUCCAAACACGCUCAUGAGCUGAUGCUUAAGUGCAAGGACAAGAAGUGGUACCAGUUCUAAUAGCAAGAGGGAGGGCGGAGACUGCCCUUGGGCUGCUGGGAACUUUAUGCCGGAACAGAGACUUUCACUCUACAAAUGAGAGCAAUUAAG